AUGCAUUCUACACUGGCAAGUGCAAAGACAGCCACAGAGCAGCAGCAGCUGCAGCAGCAGCUGCAGCUGCUGCAGCAGCAGCAGCAGCUGCUGCAGCAGACACGGCAGCAGCAAGAAGUUGCGGCUAACGCAGCAAAGGCAACAGCAGCCGCAGCAGUGGCCGUCAGCCCAGCAGCAGCAGCAGCAGCAACAGCACAACCAUCACCACCACACGGGGUGCAGCAGCAGCAACGGGCAACAGCAGCAGCAGAAGCACACCCAGCAGCAGCAGCAGCAGCAGUAGCACCAAUAGCAGUAGCAUCGCUCUCCUAG